AUGAAAUCGUCUUGCCCUUUUUGCAGCAAGAGGUACAGCUCCUCCGCGAAUUUUGACAGACAUCUUCGAACGAUCCAUCCUUUGGAAGCAGAUGAAUGGCUGGGAAAUCAAUAUUCACUGCUGGAGCACGAUCAACCUGCAGAGACCCCCGACAACACUGACGAGAGCCCAGAGAGCAUUCCCGAUUACUAUUCAGACACGCAUUACGAUUCAGAGUCGGACAUUUUCGACCAAGAUUCGGGUAACAAUUCGGACCUCGAAUCCGAAUCAUAUUUCGUGAUGGAAGAGGCAGAUGGCGAUUCAAAUGGGCAUAGUAGGGCAUCUACGACAGUUUACGAGGGUGCUGGGGAGCCACUUUACCGCUCGGAGGACUACGACGAGUGGUCACAGAGCCUUCUCCAAUACCCAUGGCACCCAUUCCGGUCAGCAUACGAGUUCAGAAUAGCAAGCUAUUUCACACUGUCCAAAGCCUCACAGGGGAACAUCGACAGCUUCUUUCUACACGCUCCGCCGAGUAGUGGCGAGUGCUCCUACAGCACUGGGCGGGGUUUUAUCAAGAGGUUGGAGGAAAUGAACGAUAUACUGGGAAAAGCGAGCUGGAAUCAUUCGGAGGUGGAUAUUGGGGGGGAGAAGAUCUCUUACUACUACCGGGAUCCAAUGGUAGUCGUCCGAUAUCUUCUAGGGCAACGUGCCUUCCGGGAGUCAUUGGUGUAUUCGCCCGUGGUGGAGCAUAAUGAAUUCGCCGAGUGA